AUGCAUUAUUCUGGAUCUCAUGUAAUAGCGUGGAUAAUUUUGGUUAUUUCAACAAUAAUGUUAAUAAUUUCAUUUAUCACUGAUUAUUGGUCAAGUCAUUAUUUGGCUCAUAACACUGAAACGUUUAAUACAAAUGGAUUAUGGAAUGAAUGUAGAAAAUAUGCAAAACAAUUUCGAUGUAUUAAUCGACUUUCUAAAAUAACAAAUGAUAUUCGCGAAAUUUUAUAUUAUUCCGAUGAUAACGAAUGGGAAUCGCAACAAAAUUAUGACGAUGAAACAAUAAUACAACGUUUAUUUUAA